GUGGUGUUAUCCUCAAUGUGUCGUGGAGGCAGCAGCGGCAGGCUGUGGAUGGGUCCGUGUUCGGUUUUGUUGUUCGUGGAAGCGAGUCGCAACAGUCGCAGGUGGGCGCUGCGGGCCGAGCGAGCCGAGGCGCGCCGAGCCGCGGCGACCGGGCCCGAGCGGCGCGCGCCAGAACGGCGUAAGUGCCGGCGGGCCGCGCCGCGCUACCCGCUAGCUUCAGUCUGCGCUCGGCCACCACCUUGUUCGCUCGUGUCUGUGACGCCGUGCUGUGACAUAUUUGACAGUUGUUAUCGUGAAUCGUGUGAUGUUUUCGUAUCGGAACUAUGGUGUAUCCCAAUGAAAAUGUGGAGUGAUUUCCAGGGCUCGGGCGGCGGGUGCGGCGCCAAGCGGCGCGCCGGCUCCCCGUGUGAGGGCGGCGGCAAAGUCGCGCGCUGGGAAGACUCGAUCGCGCGGCUAGAGGCCGUGGCCGCCGGCGCGGGCGGCGGAGACUGCUGGCGCUCCGAGGAGGAGGAGCGGCGCGCGUGCCGCCGGCGCUGGUGUGGCGGCUGGUGCGGUGCGCACGAUACCAUUCGGGCCGAGAACGGCAAGUCCUACCUGGAGCUAGGCGGUGCUGCUGCGCGCGCCUGCUGCGACGGCCGCGCAGCUGGCCGCUGUGCCUCUCGUCGCUGCUACCGCGAGAGGCGGUUCAAGAUGAUGAAUCUAUGCGCGCUGAAACUGGCGCGCUUACGCCAGACGGCGGAUCCGUCGCUGAGGCGCUCUGUGCUCGUCUGCAACACGUUACGUGGCAUCGAGCGGGAGAUGGAGCGCGAGAGUGCCGAGGAGGCGCCCUUCGAGCCGGCGUGCGUAGCUGGUGGAGUAGCGCGCUGCGAGCUGUUGAGCUCUCGCGACCCGGCGGCUGGUCGUGCCACCCCCUUCCCUGCGCCGCCACCGCCGGACCGAGACUCCGGCUACGGCGACGAAGAGCAACGCACCAUCGACUGGGGCUCCGUCCUGAGCCUGUCGUCGAGGUCGGCGCUCGACCCCCCCGAAGACGCGUGGCCCGACGAUUGGGGCUGGAGCGAGGACAGCUUCGUGCGGCUGCUAGUGCCGACGAGUUAGUGCACGGCGCGCGGGCAGGACUCGCCCGCGCCCCACUGAGCGCCUGUGAUAGCGCGGGCCGCGCGGCCGGCUCGCGCGUGCGGCCGCGCGGAACUCUAGUCGGACGCGCCGCGCCGCCCGGCGACUCGCGCGCCGACGCGACGCGACGCAUACACGCAGUCAGUAGUUAGUAUUAUGUAAUUGCAAAAGGGAAGGUGCUAGCUUCGGACGUGACGCAGGACUAAAUGCGAGCCGAGUUAUUUUUGAUAGUUUUAUUUUCUUUAAGUGAAUUCCAAACCGAAUGAAGAAGUGACUUAGCUAAUGACGUUAUUAUCGUUUAAAUUAAAACUCAGGUGUUUGAAAUUUUGUUGAAAUUAUUAUGUAAUUAAUUAGGUAAAUAACUAUAUUUAUUUCGUUGACCAGAAGAAGAAGAAGAAAAGUGACAAUUUGAAAUUAUUUCUGUCUUGAUAUUUUCAUUGCAAGAUGUAUCGGAACAACGAGUUUGACUUUAUUUUCAUGGGUUAUGUUGACUCGCAGAUAUGUCCGCGGUACGGUGUACUCCGAGCGGUAGCUGGCUCGAGACUGCCCUGACUUCAGAUUAGUUACUAGCGAGUCGUAGAGCUGGGAGCGCACUGUACCGCGGAGAUGUCGACGUUGGUCGUAUAAAUAGUAAUGUGUGGACAUGUGCCGUUCGACAAGCGCGUCACUGCUGUGUUGUGCUAGUGCAGUGCGAUGGUAAUGCGAACAAUCACGAACAAACUGUAAUAGCUAGUACCUUAGUACUUAACGUAACUGAUGAACUUUCAUUAGUUCCACAUCCACCACAGAGUCGCAGUGUCACUCGUAACUGGAUGUCAAUUAAUAAGCCUUACCAGCUGUGACUAUGAAAGUUUCAUGAUUACAGGAAUCGUGCAUUUGAAUAAUUGGAAUUUGUAAUACAUGACUGAGCCGUGGCUGUAGGUACUUAACUCAUAUUUCGGAAUUGAGAUUUCUGUCCAUUGGUUCGGAUGCCUUCUAACGAUCCAUUCAUCUCUAUAUAUAGCUGUUAAGAAGUUUCAUUUAGACUUAAUCGAAAUAAAUAAAACGUGUCAUCGAAUAGUUUAUUUACUUACUCUAUGUACUAACAGUGAACUGCAGUUCCUAAUACGUAAUUAAAUCUAAUUAGAACAAUCUUUAAUUUAUUCGAAACAUUUACCUUCUAGUUUUGUACUAAAGUUUUAUUGUUAGGAGGCACCCGAACAUCAGAUUAGGUUUUCGAGAGCCAACAAAUUAGUUCGUUGAAGGACUCUGUAAAUGCAUUGAGAUUUGAAAAGUGUAACAAGCAAAUAAAUCAACUGAAUUAAUUGUGUGUAAAUAGUGUAAUAGUUGAACAACCCGUCGUUUCUAAACAGAGACUGAUAACGAACAAUGUCUUCGAAACCGUACUGUCUGGACGAAAUACUUGAUGUGACUGUUCUCUCAUUAGUAACAUCGGGUUGUGUACUUGUGUAACGCGGUGCCCGCGGCGCGGCUGGCGGCCGGCCGGCGGUCGGCGGUCGGACAUUUGUGUGCAUCACUCUACCUACCUCUGCUACUCACACAGUCUUCUGAUCAUCAUUUCGUACUUAAGCAAUAGGUUCACUCAGUACCCCAUUAUUUUACCGACCGCCUCCCUCCCGCCCGCGCCAGCGCCCGCGACCCACGGACCUGUGACUGCAUGGACCAAACAUACCUAGCACGACUAAAUAGAGCAAAGUACAAAUUUCAAUAAUAAGAUGCAUUAGUGCUCCGGCGCAUGUUUGUCCACCGUUGUCAAUUACUCAAAUAUUUGAAUUGUGAUUCGGUAGCUAAUGAGAGAAAACUCUAUGUUCUUAAAUUUAGUGUACAUAUUAUAUACGGAGAUGGGCAUUAUGGCGUGGUGAUCGCGCCCGUUGUAAAUAUAUUAUGUAAAGUAAUAAUUUUAUUGAUGUCGAAUGUCGGGUAGCUUGUCAUCGCUCGGCCUCGGUAACCCAUGCCGCCGCCCUGUUGUAUAUUACGACCUCUAUUCUGUCCAAUACACUCAACAAGUACAGAUAUACAAGUUACAUAAUUAUGCAUUAUUAAUAUAAUAAGAUGUCACAAAAUUUUAUCGCCAGUACAGACCAAUAUACAUGAACAACGUUUAGUUAUAAUAUUUUGGGUUCUAAACUCAUAAGUGAUGCACUGAGUAACUGAAUGAUCAGCUCAAUCUAUUUUAUUUUAUGGGUUAUUUCAUGUUAGAUAUUUUGUUGAUGAUGUCCGUAUGGUUGGUUGUGAUGGUUUACUUAAGUAAGUUAGCGACUCCGGCAAAUUGCCAUGUUUCACUUGUACCUACCUAUUACAUUUUACUCUAUAUUUGUACUAACAUUUUUGAGACUGUCUUGUAUUCCUGACGCACUUGUGUAUGACUUAAUUUUUGAAAGUACUUAAACCUAAAUAGUCGAAGCUUUCAGUCAUCCCUCUUAAAUAUUUCAAUUAGUGUAAUAUUUGUUAAUGCUCGUGCGUCAGGAAUACGAAACGAUAAAUGCUUGCAAUAUAAUGUAGGUACAGAAACUUCUUAUCCUGUCAUUUUCAUAAAAUAGCCGACUGAUUCUUUCAAGUCGGGUUGUCAGUGAAUGAAUUUUAUGAUUGUAUGUACGUCUUGAUUGUAAAAUUUUGUACAAAAAUAAGUGGAGGACCCUACGUUUAAAUUGUAUUUAAUACUCCUUAACUGUUAUCGUUUGUGUCGUGGGCACGGCCCGGCCGCUGCGCGCCGCGCGGCGGCGCGGGCCGCUCGCCCGUGCGGCAGGCGGUCGCGCGAGCACGCCGCGCACUGUGUUGUGACCUCCAGCAAUAAUUAUGAUGGCAGGUAGACUCCUUGUCGCAUCCGUCUUUACUCUGUUGCAAACGUUUCAAAGAAACAUUCGCAACGUUUUCAUACGUAACUUUACGACUACAUUGUAUAAGUGUAUUUCCUUAGUGUUUUUCAUUGCCAUUGGUUACCAAAAAUGACAGGAUUUUUAUUGAAACUAUUGUGAAUAUAUUUUAGAAAGAAUACUCUCGUUAGUAAAUUGAGAAAAGCAUUUUGAAGGGGCUCAUAUUGCACAUCGAAUUGUUAAAUCGUUCCUCAUGUUGGGAGUGUCUCAAAGUCGUUUCUCGAUUUGUCUAAUGUAAGAUAUAUAAUUGUAAUAUAUUAUUGUUUAAGCCGUUGUAUCGAAAAUAACAAGAACAGGAAUAAUUUUGUGAAACAAUGGCACAAAGAAUGAACAUAAAUAUUAUAUAUAUUAUAGAAACAGAAAUGUGGCUAUAAAAGCAAUUUUUAUAAUAAAUAUUUACUGUUGAAGAA